UUCUCUAAAGUUUAAACCUGUUAUUCAUUUACAUUUCACAAAAUUAUGCGCUUAGACUGGAUUCAAAAGAAAUCCAACAGAAACUUCGAGGAAAGGCCAAAAAAAAAAAAAAAUCGCGAUGAGCACCAUUUGAUGUCAAUUUUUUUCCACUUGCACAAACUGAGGUACGAUUUCGACAAAGAAAGUGGCCUUUGAUAUGCGCAGUCUCAACUGAUUAAUAUGCCAUCUGAUUUUAACUAUGCUGUGUGGGUGGGCUGCUCUGCAUGAGGGUGUUAUGAUACACAGGCUUUGACCCUUAAUGGCGAAAACAAGUAUAAAAGAAGUGAUUGAUCCCCUUUAACAAACAUCAAUCAUCAACCUUUUUAAUUUCAUCAUCAAGUUUUAUAACUUAGAAACACAAACAAAUUAUCAAUUUACAAAUAUAAACAAUGUCUGACAUUACUUUGGGUCGUUAUCUUUUUGAAAGAUUAAACCAAGUUAAAGUCCAAACCAUUUUCGGUUUACCAGGUGAUUUCAAUUUAUCAUUAUUAGAUAAAAUCUAUGAAGUUGAAGGUUUAAGAUGGGCUGGUAAUGCCAAUGAAUUGAACGCUGCUUACGCUGCUGAUGGUUACUCAAGAGUUAAAGGUUUAUCAGCAAUCAUCACCACUUUCGGUGUUGGUGAAUUAUCAGCUUUGAACGGUAUUGCAGGUUCUUAUGCUGAACAUGUUGGUGUUUUACACAUUGUCGGUGUUCCAUCAAUCUCAUCUCAAGCUAAACAAUUAUUAUUGCAUCAUACUUUAGGUAACGGUGAUUUCACUGUUUUCCACAGAAUGUCAUCAAACAUUUCUCAAACCACUGCUUUCAUCAAAGAUAUCAACUCUGCUCCAGCUGAAAUUGACCGUUGUAUUAGAGAAGCUUAUGUUUUCCAAAGACCAGUCUACUUAGCUUUACCAGCUAACUUGGUUGAUGAUUUAGUUUCAUCUGAUUUAUUAUCAACUCCAAUUGAUUUAUCAUUAAAACCAAAUGAUCCAGAAUCUGAAAAUGAAGUUGUCAACACUGUCUUAGAAUUGAUCAAGAAAGCUGAUAACCCAGUUAUUUUAGUUGAUGCUUGUGCUUCUCGUCACUCUGCUUUAGCUGAAACCAAAGAUUUAAUGGAUCUUACUCAAUUCCCAACUUUUGUCACUCCAAUGGGUAAAGGUGCUGUUGAUGAACAACAUCCAAGAUUCGGUGGUGUUUACGUUGGUACUUUAUCAAAACCAGAUGUAAAAGCUCAAGUUGAAAAUGCUGAUUUGAUUUUAUCUGUUGGUGCUUUAUUAUCAGAUUUCAACACUGGUUCAUUCUCAUACUCAUACAAAACUAAAAACAUUGUUGAAUUCCAUUCUGAUCACAUCAAAAUUAGAAAUGCCACUUUCCCAGGUGUUCAAUUCCAAUCUGUUUUACAAAACUUGAACAGCAAAAUUGCUCCAGUUGUUAAAGGUUACAAACCAUACCCAGUUCCAUCAUUAAAAUUAACCACAUCUCCAGCUUCCCCAGAAACUCCAUUAACUCAAGAAUGGUUGUGGACUAAAUUAUCAUCAUGGUUAAGAGAAGGUGAUGUUGUCAUCACUGAAACUGGUACCUCAGCCUUCGGUAUUGUUCAAACUAGAUUCCCAUCAAACACCACUGGUAUUUCCCAAGUCUUAUGGGGUUCUAUUGGUUACUCAGUUGGUGCUGCUUUAGGUGCCGUUGCUGGUGCUGAAGAAGUUGACAAGGAAAAGAGAGUUAUCUUAUUCGUUGGUGAUGGUUCAUUACAAUUGACUGUUCAAGAAAUCUCCACCAUGAUUAGAUGGGGUUUAACUCCAUAUAUCUUUGUCUUAAACAAUGCUGGUUACACCAUUGAAAGAUUAAUCCACGGUGAAAAAGCUUCUUACAAUGAUGUUCAACCAUGGGAUCAUUUAGCUCUAUUGAAAACUUUUGGUGCUAAAAACUACGAAUCCAUUAGAGUUUCAAAUGUUGGUGAAUUUGAUAAAUUGGCUAAAGACAAAGCUUUUGCUAAGAAUGAUAAGAUCAGAUUGAUUGAAGUUAUGUUACCAGUUAUGGAUGCUCCAAUGAACUUGGUUAAACAAGCUCAAUUAACUGCUUCAACUAAUGCUGAAGCUUAAUUUAUGAUUAAGUAACAAUGAGUUAUGAAACAAAAAGAAUUAUUUAGUGGUUUUUUAUUUAAUUAAUAGGGUUAUUUUUAUAGAAUGAAUAUUUCAAGUU